AUGUACACUGAGGGCAUCAAGUGCCGAAUAUUCUCCACUACGCUGACUGGCCCCGCCCAGCUGUGGUUUGGGACGCUUGCCCCAAAUUCCAUCCGUUCGUUUGAAGAAUUACAAGUGCGUUUUAUGAGACUAUUCGCGAGCUCGCGAAGGGUAGGGAAGUCAGCUCUUUCACUGAUGGACAUCAAGCAGGAUCAAAAUGAAACACUACGGGAGUACACUGCCAGGUUCAAUCUCGCUGCUCUGGAGGUGCCAGAGGCGGAGUCACAAAUUAAGAAUUGUGCUUAUGUCAGAGGACUGAAGCCGGGCUUAUUCUUUGAUGAGCUACAAAUCAGACCGGCCAGGGAUUUCGACAACAUUAUGGCAAGGUUACCAGGCUAUUUGCAAUUGGAGGACGCCAGGAUGGCGCGAAAAGCGGAAAAUGACAAGCACAAGGCUAAAAAGGCCGAGGACGCACUGGAACGGAAUAACAAAAAUCAGGACAUGGCUCUUUUCAGAGGGUUGCCCCCGAGGGUACCUCCUCCCCAGACAGAGGUGCCACCUUGCCAGCAACACACUAUAAAUGAAGUAAAUCGCCUCGCUGAAUGCACCCCGCUAAACAAACCUCAGGAGGAGAUUUUUCACCUGAUCAAGAAUCAGCCAUUCUUCAGGGCACCUGGAAAUUAUAGAGAUGGGCAGCCGCGACAAGGGCCUAACAAUAAACUGUGUGAAUAUCACAAUUCUUACGGGCAUUAUACCAAGCAUUGUGGGCAUCUUAAGCAUCAGUUGGAGUAUUUAGUACGCCAGGGUAAUCUACACCAGUUUAUAGUCAGAGGAAAUGAAGGCCAUGGUCAAAGGCCCGAGCAGGGAAAUGAUCGGAGACAAGAUCAGGGGAAUAACCAUGAUCGCAGACCAUGA